CAUUAGGAGGGGAGACGCUUUCCACCGUCAGCGCCGGAGCAGAGCAGGGGAGCCCUGGCAACAAGGAGAGACACAAACUCAGCAGCCCGCUACACCCCACAGGAACGGUGACCACACCUGCAGACAGACGCGAAUAGACGGCGCAGACAUCUUCUCCCUUCCCUUCCAUUGGUGCAGAGAUCAAGGCUUCACAUCAGGAACUACAGCUGAAAUCAGUCAUCAGCUCUCAGCUGAGCGGAAGGCUCCACCUACUCCACCAGUUUAGCCCUGCCUCCUAUUCUCAGGGAGUGCUGUGUCCCUGAGUCAACACACACUGCAUUCUGGAAUAGUCUGGAACCCUCUCCAUGGGCUACACCACCUGCUGACACACCUGGGGGCUCUGGAGGAGUUGUGUUGAAUGAGGAUUGUGCUGCGUGUGGGCAGACUUUCUUUUGCAGGGAGAUGAUUCCGCAUGAAGUGCAACGCACUCGGCCCCCCAUCGUCCUCUGCGGCAGCAGCAGGUGUGACGUUGUGACACUCUCCACUACCACGCUGAGCUCACCCAUCAGUCGCUAAAGAUCCCUGGACGGAACGGAUCGUCCUCCCCCACCCCUUUUAACCACCCCUCCAUAUCUUCAUCCCCAUCUUUAAUCCUUCCUCACCUGCUUGUUAGGGCCUGGAUUUUCUUUGUUAUCAAGAAAAGACCUGAUAAUAAACGGCCUUGGGUGAACUGGAUAGAGAGGGAAAAGAGACAAGAUUGGGGAAGUUUAAUUUUGUAGCUAAUUAAUGUGAAACAAAGGACAGGACAUCAUAAGUCAGAAAACGAGAAAGUGAAAACGAAAGUCAAAGAGUGAGGGAACAAAAAACAGAAAAAAAGCUAUAGUCCAAAACUUUAGGAAGAAUAACGCAAGUAUAGUUGAGGGACGCGAGGUGAAGUCAGCAUGAAGUCCAACCAGGAGCGCAGUAAUGAAUGUCUGCCCCCAAAGAAGAGGGAGAUCCCCUCAAGCACGUUACCAUCUGAAAAUCGCUCAUCUACCAUGCCACCUGCCACUGAAAGCCAGCGCUCAGAAAACAUGACCUGGCUUGCCAGUGUGGCUGGUGGGAAUGAGAGCAGUGUGGGUGCACACCGUACCUCCAGUCACUCAGAUGGAUCACAGUAUAAAUCUCCCUCCUCCAUAUCAGAUUCUUUGUCAUCUUCAUCCUCACUGAGGCUAGUCUCAUCUCUUCCUACAGUGUACACAUCCCACCUAUCACAGACCACAGUUGGAGGAACUGUCCAUUACACCCAACUGCCUCACAAUAUGCAGUUUAUAGCCUCACCUUACACUGCCCCAUACACAAGUUACAUCUCCCCUCAACUGCUUCCUCCUCCCCCACCACCUCCCCCCCUUUCCUCCUGUUCCUCUUCCUCCUCGGCUGCACAGAGACCCUCACACACAGAGACAGCCUCUGCUCCUUCGCAGGCCUCCAAACAAGACCAGCAGCGAGCAUCCACAGGACGUACCUCUAUGCCUCCUCCUUCUACAGACCCCGUCCCUCACCAUGUUCAAAUAUCAACAUCCCCACGGACUGUGCCGUCUCCUCAUCACCUAGGAGGCACUCACCUUCCGCCCCACUCACUGCAUCCCCACCAUGCUUUGGGACACAACAUGUCCCAGGUUGUGGUGCAGUAUACAGACGGACCCACCAGGAAAGAGGAAGGUGGCUCUAGACCCAGAGAGCUCCACAAUGGAGAGCUGGAAAGGGGUCGGCGGUAUGCCACGCCCCUUGAGUCUAAUUUCUCCAAGUCGGGGAGCAAAUCGCGGGAUGCCACAUCCUCUUUGUCUUCCUAUGAGGCUCGACAGAUGGUUCUGCCAUCAGACUACGCUCCACAUGAUCCAUCAGGGCUGAGAACCUCUGUCAUGUUAAUGCCCAACAGCCAUGGGGACCACCAGCUGGUACCACCAAGAGCCAGCCCUGAGAAGGUGACAGCUUCUGCCCCCACGCACCUGGAGAAAAGUGGCAACAUCAUGGGCAAGCCUGUCAGUCGUGCUCCCUCCUUAUCAAACACCACCUCUUCUUUCACAUUUCCACCCCCACUAAGUGUAGACAGUCUGAAACCCGCUGUCAGCACACUGCCACCCCAGACUGUCAUCCAGACCACCCACAAUGCUACAGAACCACUUUCAAUGGGGCUCUCUUCCACCAGUAUUUACCCUCAGCCACCUAUUAUUGGUUACAUUGCGGGAGGCAGUGGAAGCAGCUACCACACCAGCCUACAACAACACUUACUCAUUCCAGGCCCCCAACCGGUCAUCAUCCCUGUUAGUGGAGGUGGAGUCACGACAUUGGAACCUGUAACCUCCCAUGUUACAUCAUCUACCCAAGCUGCGCCUUUUCCUACUACACUCCCACAUGCGUACAUUGCUGCCACUGCCCCCAAAGGGGAAACUCUGGAAACCCACAGCAGCUCGUUCCACCAGGAUGCUUCAGGUGCAGUGGUCCAAGCCCAGCUUCAUCUCCCCAUUGUUCCUGCUCCACCGGGGCUGGUUGCAACCUCUGCCCCUCAUCCCCCCUCCAGUACGGUGCUGCCUCCCUCGCUCCCCCCAUAUUUCAUCAGAGGUUCCAUCAUCCAGUUGGCUGAUGGCGAGCUGAAACGUGUGGAGGACCUGAAGACAGAGGACUUUAUCCAGAGCGCUGAGAUCAGCAGUGAGCUGAAGAUAGACUCGUCCACAGUGGAGCGCAUUGAAAGGAGCCACACCUCACCUAACUUUGCCGUGGUUCAAUUCUCCGUCGGUGAACACCGUACACAGGUGAGUGUGGAGGUCCUGUUGGAGUACCCCUUCUUCGUCUUUGGCCAAGGCUGGUCUUCAUGCUGCCCGGACCGGACCACCCAGCUUCUGGAGCUGCCUUGUACCAAGCUUUCUGUGGGUGAUGUUUGUAUUUCACUCACACUCAAGAACCUGAAGAAUGGAUCUCUGAAGAAGACUCAACACAUGGAGCCAGCCGCCCAUGCCUCUGUCCUGUCCUCCAGCCACGGACACCUCAAACCCCCUAGAGCUGUGUCGGAUGCUCCUCAGAGCUGCAGUGGAGGAGGCUCCAGGCGGGAGAAUGGCAUCAGCCAGCGAGGGAGUGGGGAAAGUGGGAAUGGAGGUGGAAGUGGAGGGGGCUCCAGUGUGGAAAAUGGGGAUCUCGUGUUUGGGGAAAGAGUUUCCAAAGGUCAGGUGGUCAGCAGUACAGAAGCUGGCUCCGGUAAGCCAUCGGGAAGCAGGAAGCGGAGAUGGUCUGCACCUGAGGGUCGAAAAGUAGAAAAAUCAGAGGAAGAGCCACCUUUGACCCUUCCCAAACCUUCCUUCAUCCCUCAUGAGGUGAAAAUCAGCAUCGAAGGAAGGUCAAAUAUUGGCAAGUGAAGGCUAGCAGCACUGUUAACAACCCAUGGAAUUUUAAUAAGACACAUAAAAAGAUUCUACAAAAAAAAAACUCAUAAACGCCCACAUUAAUGUUUUAUUUGUCUUGGUUUUAUUUUUUGUUUAUUUUUAUUUCACAUACUGUACUGUAGAGGUAACCUUACCCUACAUGGUAUCAUCUUACAUUAAGUCCAUGUAGUUUAACACAUUUUUUUAAUAGAUGGAUUUAAUAUCACAUGAGCAAUCUGUGCAGUUUUGGUGAUUUUUUUUUUUUUCCUUUCAUGAGAAGAUUUAUGGUGAGGGAUUUCUGACCUGUGUGCUGAAUGUUUAUUGGUGGCUCAGUGGCACACAGGCACAAUGCCUGAUGGCUCUGCACGGUCGGUGACACAGCACGCUAAAAUUUCAGCCCAGAUUGGCUCACAGUCGGCUCCUUGACAGUGACAUUCCCUGUACACGGGUGGUGAAGCUGCCUGGACACCCCUCUUCAAAUCAUGAAGGAUUUGUGGGUAUUCCAUGAAAUUUCCACUUGCUCUAAAUCAGAGUGGAAGUUUAUAUCAUGUGAUAGUCACUAUGUCAUCAGAGCAUGCCUGACCAGAACCAGAGGUCAUCAGGUUAAUGCCCAUGUGCCACACAGUCGUGAGGGAACAACACUUGCUCUGCUCGGUUUGUUGACAGUGGAGUCGUUUUUUUUUUGCUUUCUUUGUUAGUGUUUUUCAUUUCUUGAACCCCCUCAUCUCCUGUCUCACCAUAUAGUUUGUUUUCCCGCCCCCCAAAAUUUUUCUAAAAUUUUAAUCAGGGGUCCUGUUAAUCCUCAAUUGAGUGCGCCUAAGUGGGUCAAUGUUAAUGUAUAAAUAGGAGAUACCCUAGCCUAAAGCAAAUGCAAACACACUGGGUUGGUGAACUUCACUUUAAGAAAACGUUAAGAGGAAUACUGAAUAUGAUCCUCGCUGUUUUGUUUUUUUUGUUUUUUUUUAAAAAGAUGAAUCACUUUAUAUUUUUUACAAAUCCAGAAAGGCCACGUGAGACGAAGCGAGAGUAUCUGCACGUUAGCUCUGAGAUGGUCAGGAUGUUUCAAAGCACUUAACACACCUGUCACUCUCACCACACAGCCAACAAAAAUGAUAUUGUGUCUAUAUUUACAAAGUACUGUAUGUUUUUAGAUUUUCUUUUUUCUUUUUCUUUUUUAGACAAUGUCGGAAAGUAGCAGUAGCACUUUGGAAAGGUAAAGCUUUUGGAAAAGCAGAGCGGUUGCUUGGUAACGUGGGAGCAGAUGUGCCAUGAAAUCACAAAGCGAGGGACAAAUGUGAGAGCGAGAGGAGUUCCAGUAAGGGAAAAUGAAAUGAGCUGGAGGUAUCACGGUUUUCAGCAUGUGCGCGGCGUGACUUGGAGGAAAGUUUCGGAAUGUGUCUGGAAGAUUCGAUUAGGAAGGAAAAAAAUUUAUAUAUAUCCUACUCAUGUUCUGUAUUAGACUGAGAGCAACAAUCAGAAGCUCACACCACAGAUUUGUGAAGUUCAUCAUAGAUUUUUAAUUUUGUGUGUAUGACGCUGGUGUGUUUGUCCACACAUACACACACACACACUCUCACAUGCACACAUGCUCACGCAGACACAAAAUAGUCCUUAAAAGUCAAUAUGUACUGUACUUGGUGAUUCAUAUUUAGAUAACUGCAGAGGCAAACAUUUAUUUUGGUGCAUAUUGUCCCUACUGCAAAGACACUAGUGGACUGACAUUGGAUUAAUGCACUGCUACAGUACAGUUGUACAGAGAGUGCGCUGUGGUGUGUUUGUGUAUGGGUGGGAGUUUGUGUAAGAGUGUAUGUGUACUGUGUAUAGGAAAAUGAUAUAUAGACGACGCUAAAUGUCCAGUGUUUCUACUUGGAGUCUUUAAUUAAAAGAAUCUUGCAAUUUGCACAUCAGGAGGAGGGAGUUCGGUGGAGACACGAUUUUUUUUGGACGGCCCUGUCUCGAAACAAGCCCUAGACCGCGUGACACACUGGAGGAGAUCAGGGUUUUUGUUCCUCAACAGGCACUUACCACAUUGUAGAGGAAACGUUUCUACUUUGACACAGCUUAAGGCCAAAAUUACAUGUGCCUGCCUACUGAAUUGAAUUAAAAACAAACCCUUUCUUGCAUUGCAUAAGAAGAAUCUCUCCCUGCUAAUUAAUACGGGGUAUCCAGAGUGUGGGGGGUUAGGGUUCACUUUUGAACACGGCCUUUGCUCAGCCAGCCAAAGCUCAUAUCCCUAAGAUGUAGCAGUUACCUCAACAGAUGUGCUUGCGUGGUCGGUCCGAUGUUUGCAUCUUGAUAGCGGCAGUGUCGGAGGUUGAUUGUUCUCACUGGGUUUUUGGGCCAUGAUCCUUGGGCUGUUUCUUUUCUUCUUGAAAAAACAAACAAUUGGCAUGUUUUGUUUGUUUUUUUUUAAUCAUAGAGGUGCCAUACAACAUGUAAACGUGUCUCACAUGCUGCUAUGUAACAAUGGUCAUGUGAGAUUAGCAUCUACAGGUUGCUGGCACAAUAGUGUUGUUAGGGAGGCGGCGGCUUCCUGCAGGCAUAUCUGUUGAGAAUAUCUGUUUCUACUCAGCCUGUAUUUCCGUGUUUUAUGGCUGCCGUUGCUUACUUCUAGAAAAAAAAAAAAAAAUAGAGGUGACGAUGUUUCAGGUGGUGGGAGUUUAUCAGGGUGAUGGCAGGAUGGAUGUGUACUCAGAUAGAUGAGGAAUGGGUGGAUAGGUGGUUGAAUGAGCAGGCAGACUGAUGUGAAGGUGAGUAAAAAGACCCUGAAUGAGAUUUGAAAAUGCUUUAUUUUGUAUAAUAGAACAGGGUUCUCAGAUUGACACCUACACAGUAGUGCAUUUUCAUUUGGUCCUGUUCUUAUUGAAACAUCUGGUAGAAAUUGCAUUAGGUUGUGUGUGUGUGUGCGUGUGGGUGUGUGUGUGCGCGCGUGUGUGCAUGUAUGGUUUUGAACGUGUGUGUGUGUGGCAGUGGUUUAUAAAUGUAUGUCAGUUUUUCUGAAUGUUUCUCCAACCCCCUUACCAACAAAUGAAAAAAGUAGACCUCUGAACAAAACCGUCAGCCACUCAAAC